AUGCCUAUCCCCUACCAAGUCGCAUACAAGCCAUUGAAUAAGCCUGAAAUCGGCGUCAAUGGCUAUGUCGAACCUACACCCGGCAAGACAGAGGUUAUUCCAAAAGGCUCUGCACCAUUCAAUGCCAGAACUUUAGACUCCGACGUCCGCAUUGACCACGAUGUCGAAAUCGUCGUUCGAGACGGCUGCCGACUUCACGCCGAUAUCUACCGUCCAACGGGCGACGAGAAAGUCCCAGUCAUUAUUUCCUGGUCUCCAUACGGCAAGAAAUACUCUGCCUUGGAUAUGAUCUUCAAUGUCUGUACCUGGGCUUGCUGUAUCGAGCGUGGCGACGUCAGUGGACUGGAGAAAUUCGAGGGUCUGGAUCCGGCGUGGUGGGUCGCGCAUGGCUAUGCGAUUGCCAGCGUCGAUGUCCGUGGAGCUGGUAACAGCGACGGCGAUACCCCUUGCAUGGGAUUGCAGGAAGCUGAGGAUGCGCAUGACGUGAUUGAAGGUCUUGCGAAGCUGUCCUGGUGUAAUGGCAACGUUGGUAUGGCAGGCAAUUCAUACCUCGCUAUCAUGCAGUGGCACGCGGCUGCUCAGAACCCACCAUCUCUGAAGGCUAUUGCGCCUUGGGAGGGCUCGGGUGAUAUUUUCCGUGAACAGUUCUGCCGAGGAGGAUGGUUCAAUAUGAGCAAUUAUGAUCUUAUUACGACUCUUGUGAUUAGAGGUCAGGCUGGAGUAGAGGACUUUGCGGAGAUGUACCGCCGCCAUCCACAGGCCAACAUCUACUGGAACGAUAAACGUGUGGAUAUGAAGAAGAUCAACAUUCCAUGCUUUAUCACUGGAUCCGAUUUCAGCCAAAUUCAUACCAUGGGUGCUAUUCGAGGAUGGAUGGAGGUCAAUACCGACAAGAAGUGGAUCAAGUGGAGUGGUUACCAAGAGUGGUUCGAGCUCUACUCGGAACAUGAGAGUUAUCUGGAGUUGAAGAAAUUCUUCGAUAAGUACCUCAAGGAAAUUGACAACGACUGGGAAGAGACCCCCAAAGUUCGCUGGACCACCCUUCCAUUCGGCGACAAAGACGUGACAAGCAACAUCGUGCUCCCCGACUUCCCUGUCCCAGGAACCGACUACCGCACGCUAUACCUCGCUCCCAGUGGUUCCCUCUCAUCCGAGAUUCCUUCCCAAGCUGGUACCUCGGUGUACAACUCGGAAGAUCGGUGGUCUAUUUCCAAGUUCAAGCAUACCUUCUCUCAGAAAAGUCGACUCCUGGGUCUCCCCAAAGCAGAGCUCUACAUGAGCUGCGACGCGCUAGACGAUAUGGUCGUUUUCAUCCAGAUGCGAAAGCUCGAUAAAGAUGGCAAAGAGCUAUCCCAACUGCAAUUUCCCUUCAGCCGUGCCCCCGUCAACUCGAUCGACGAAAUCUCCGAGAAGGAUCGCGGCAGCGUGACCCUGCAUAACGGUUCGAUCGGCAUUCUCCGCGCUUCUCAGCGCAAGAUCGACUCUAGUCGGUCUAUCCACUCGCAAUUCCCAUUCCACCCCCACGACGAAGUGCAAAAGGUUCCCAAGGGAGAGAUUGUCAAGUUGGAGAUUGGUAUUUGGGCUAUGGGAGUUGAUUAUGAAGAGGGUGAGAGUAUCCAGGUGGAUAUUCUGGGCCAGUGGCCGGGCUUUGAUGAGGUUGCCGCUUUCUCUAAGCCUAGACCUGAGCAUGAGCAGAAUAAGGGUGAGCAUAUCAUUCAUUUUGGUGGAGACUAUCCUAGUCGGGUUAUCUUGCCUUUCGUGCCUCUGUAG